AUGAAAGAAAUUCUUUCAAGAAAAAGGAGGCUAGAAGAGUUUGAGACUGUUGCUCUUACACAAGAGAGCAGUCAAUAUCUUCUUAGUAAGAUACCUCCUAAACUAGGAGACCCAGGAAGUUUUACAAUCCCUUGUACCAUAGGAGACCACUACAUAGGCAGAACAUUGUGUGAUUUAGGUGCUAGUAUCAACUUAAUGCCUUUGAGUGUGUACAAAAAGCUGAAAGUAGGAGAGCCUAAUCCCACCACUGUCACAUUACAGUUGGCUGAUAGGUCUCUAGUUUAUCCGGAAGGGAAAGUAGAGAAUGUUUUGGUGAAA